AUGCACGAAACCGGUAAACCAGUCAAGGUGAUAGAAGGGGAUUUCCAGGACCUAAAGAAAUUAACUUCGCAAGAUCAAUCGCAGAGCAGAAAGCAUCUGGUAUAUAAAUUUGUAGUGUUCAUUUUAUCACAGAAUAUUAGGAACCAAUGUGUUACGAGAGCAAACAUAGCUUGCUGUGGAAGGCUGAUUUUUCAGCAGUUAAGGUCGAGGAAGCAUACUGCCACAUCAAUUGAUUAUGGAGUAUCGACGAAAGACAGAGUCCUCAUUGUGGACAAACAUAACGAAUACCGGCAGCAGAUUGCAGAAAACUAUGUGCCAAAUCAGCCAAGAGGUGUGGAUCUGAUGAAACUGAGAUACGAUUCGCAUCUGGCCGUUUUGGCUCAAAGAGUAGCGGACAAAUGCCAUUUUGGCUACAGCAAGAAACAGCAGGAUGAAAUGGCCAUAGGAGAAAAUCUAUUCAUGACCAUGGCAGGUUCCUAUGAAGACAAGCCCAACUGGACAGAAGCUAUUGAGAAUUGGUGGUCUCAACACGACAUGUAUUUGUUUGGAGGGGAAAUCAAACCUGAGAACAGGCAUUAUGUACAGAUGGUAUGGGCCAAAACAUCGAGGAUAGGCUGUGGAUACGUUGCAUUUCCAUUGAAAUGUGGUCAUUUUAUCUACUAUCGGUUUUACGUGUGUAACUAUGCUCCAGGAAUUGCUCUAGCAGGAGACGUGACCUACCCCUACAAAAACGAAUCUGGACUACCAAGUACGCCUUGUUAUGAACUCUGUAAUUAAAAACUUUUCUCUGUUAUUAUAGAAACAUAUUUAUUGAAUAAAUUAUACAAAAUUUA